ACCUCCCGCUCACCAGAGGGUUCUGUUGACCCUUCCACCGACAACCUUCCACCUUCCAGCGCUUCUUCCGUCUCGCGCUUCACCUUUUCCCGCCGUCCUAGCCAGCAACUGCUCUCUGCCCCGGCUUCCACCAAUUCGUCCCCUCCGCAUAGCUCACCUGGCAUAGACACGCACAUCCACAUCAUGGUAGCGCGACGAAUACUGCGCCCACUUCUGCCAUGGCCAGCCCACCUCACGAGCAAGCACUGCCCGCGUCCGAACAACGCCGAGGAGUGCAUUUCGAGCAGUCGAGCUACCUCGAGGCCGCUCCGGGUGCGCACACUCCCGGCACACCUGGUUCUGUUGCUGGCUCUACCGGAUCGGGCUAUGUGUCCGCCGUCCCGCCUACCCCUGUGAACGCGUCGACCGAGUAUGUUGGUAGUGACGACAAUAAGAAAGAGUCGCGCUUCUCCACUAUGCUGUGGAAGGACAGGGACAAGAGCAAGAAGGAGCGGGCCAAGGAACGUAAGGAGAAGGAUGAGUUGGAUGUGAAGAAGGGUAAUGUCGCGAAGACGCCGUCACCUGGUACGUCCACCGACGAUAGCAGUAAGCGCAGUUCGCGCUCGCCGCAGCAUACCAUCGACACCGACACCAGCCCACCGGCGUCGGGCAGAAAUUCGCCCAAGUCGACAGCUCCUUCAACAGCUCCUUCGACAGCUCCUUCUACGGCUCCUUCUACAGCCGCGUCGGCGGAGACAUCAAGACACUUCGCACCGCCUCCGUCUUACUCGCAUUCGCCAGGACACGUCAUUCCAUCGCUAUCACAGGCCACACACGCUCAUCUGUCGAAGAAGUAUGGCAAAUGGGGACGUGUUCUUGGCAGCGGCGCAGGUGGAACGGUCCGUCUGAUUAAGGGGUCAAGCAAGAACGGCGGCCGCACGCUCGCUGUGAAGGAGUUCAGGGCGAGACGGCAAGGUGAGAGCGAUCGCGAGUACCAGAAGAAGGUUACCGCGGAGUUCUGCGUGGGUAGUACCUUGAAGCAUCCGAACAUUAUCGAGACCGUGGAUAUUGUUACGGAUCAUGGACACUACUACGAGGUCAUGGAGUACGCACCGUACGAUUUGUUCAGCGUGGUCAUGUCUGGCAACAUGUCACGUCCGGAGAUCUACUGCGUUUUCAGGCAGAUCUGUGACGGGGUUGAGUAUCUGCAUUCGCUCGGGCUCGCACACCGCGAUCUCAAGCUGGACAACUGCGUGAUGACAAAGGACAACGUGGUGAAGCUCAUUGACUUCGGAACCGCGACGGUGUUCCAUUAUCCCGGGAAGAAGACAACAUUCGCUACAGGCGUUGUCGGCUCGGAUCCGUACCUCGCACCCGAGGUGCUCUCGCAGGAGCGUUACGACCCACGCAAGACGGACGUAUGGAGUGUCGCAAUCAUCUUCAUGUGCAUGGUGCUCAGGCGGUUCCCAUGGAAGAUCCCUGACCCGAAGACGGACGCGAGCUUCAGGGCGUUCGUACAGGCGCAUCCGGACCUUUUAGAGAAGCCGAAGGAGUCUCAGCGCAAGCAGGUGUUGCCUCCGCCUGAGAAAGAGCAGAAGGAGGAGGAGACGCCCGCAUCGGAGACAGCAGAGAAGAGCAAGGCAACGUCUACUGCCCCAUCGGUGGUGUCGACUUCCGAUUUUCGAACUGCAGCCGACGGCGGCAAGCUUUCGGCACGCUCAUCGCGGUCGUCUGGCUCCGGCACGUCUCUAUCGGAAUCGGAAGCUGUCGAUGCAGCACUUGAGAAACGACGCCAAGCAGUGCGGACGACACUUCCACAGGGCGUGCUAAGCCUCUCAACGGCUACGCUUCCCACAACACUACUGUCACGUCAGUGCGGUGACGCUAAUCGCUAAUAAGCCUCCGAUUAAGUUUGAGGAAUUU